GGCGGCGGCGGCGGCGACAGCGACGACCCCGGCUCUCCGCCUGCCCGCAGCAGCCCCCCGGUGCCGCGGGCUGCGCGGGUCCCCUCGGCCCCCCGCCCUGCCGCCCCCCCAUGCGAGGGGGCCCCGGCCGGCCCCGCCGCCGCGCUCCCACGCCGCCCCGCCGCGCCUCUCCCCCGCGCCGCCGGGAGCCGCCACCUGCGCGCCGGGCGCGGGCUGCGGGGCCAGCGGCGGGCAGGAGCCGGGCGGGCACCGGAGGAUGCCGGAGACCGGGCAGGAGCCGCCCAGCGCCCCACCGCCGCCCCCCAAGGAGUCCUUCUACAUCAAGAACCUGCUCAACGGCGACCCCCCCAAGGCGCCCCCCAAGCAGCCGCGGGCGCUGUUCGCCCCCUCGGGCAAGGCGGCGGUGGACGGCGCCGGCUUCGCCCUUUCUCAGGUGGGCGACCUCGCCUUCCCCCGCUUCGAGAUCCCGGCGCCGCGCUUCGCCCUGAGCGCCCACUGCCUGGAGCGCGCCCAGACCUGGUGGUACCCCUACGCCCUGACGCCGGCCGGAGCCCACCUGCCCCGCACGGAAGCCGCGGAAAAAUCCCUGCUGAGGGACUCGUCCCCCGCCUCGGGCACCGACCGGGACUCCCCGGAGCCGCUGCUGAAGGCGGAGGGGGAGCAGAAGGAACUGGACUCCAAAAGCCCCGACGAGAUCGUCCUGGAGGAGAGCGACUCGGAGGAGGCGAAGAAGGAGGGAGGCGCGGAGGACUGGAAGAAGCGGGAGGAGAGCCCGGAGAAGAAACCCUGCCGCAAGAAGAAGACGCGCACGGUGUUCAGCCGCAGCCAGGUCUUCCAGCUGGAAUCCACCUUCGACAUGAAGCGCUACCUGAGCAGCUCGGAGCGGGCCGGCCUGGCCGCCUCCCUGCACCUGACAGAGACCCAGGUGAAGAUUUGGUUCCAAAAUCGCCGCAACAAGUGGAAGAGGCAGCUGGCGGCCGAGCUGGAGGCGGCCAACCUCAGCCACGCCGCCGCGCAGCGCAUCGUCCGCGUCCCCAUCCUCUACCACGAGAACUCGGGCGCGGAGGGGGGCGCGGGGGGCGGCGGAGCCCCCGGCACCCAGCCCCUGCUCACCUUCCCUCACCCCGUCUACUAUUCCCACCCCGUGGUCACCUCUGUGCCGCUCCUGCGGCCCGUCUGAGCCCGCCCGCCGCCGUUGCGCGGAGGGGCGCGGAGAGGCGCGCAAGUCACCGGCCCGCUUGUAAGUACUCCAGCCACUCGUGCGAUUCCACCCGGCCGGCU